AUGAGGUUAUGGCCAGCUGCCUCUGCUAAAUUAACUGAGAAAGGAUGGCGUACAUUAAUUAAACCUUAUAUAUUUACUACACUAGCGAUUGGUACAAGUGUAACAGCCGGUGAUCUCAUGUGUCAAUAUUUAGAAAGACAUAAAACAACUGCACAAAAAGACAAAGGAUCUGAUAAUGCUUCAGGACUAGAAUGGUGGAAUUCACAGCGUACAUUGAUUAUGUGUACAUCAGCUGUACUCGUAUCAACACCAUAUUCAUUUACAUUAGCUAGAACCGUGGAACGUUUAUUUCCAGGUAAACAAGGCAUUCAGAUUGCCAAGAAAAUGUUAACCAAUACACUAAUGGGUCCUGUUGGUAUUAGUUUAGCAUUCACAUCAAUAGGGCUAUUGAAAGGACAAUCUUUUGAAGAAAUAAAAUUAAAAAUAGUACAUCAUAUGCCACAGACAUUUCUAUUAGGUAAUUGUUAUUGGCCAUUCGUCUCAUUUAUUAACUUUCGUUACAUACCAUUGAAUUAUCGUCCAUUUCUCGGCACAUUUGCUGGCAUGUUUUGGAAUAUUUAUGUGUCAACAAUUGCAAAUAAGGAUAAUGAUGUUGAAGAUGAUAAGAAAGAAGAAAAUACAAAAAUUGGGAAACACGAACAAUUGAGUGUGCCAUUGCAAAUGUCUGGUACAGGUGCAAUGACUGUUGCAAUACAGCAUGCAUGGAAUAUGUUAGAUAAAAGUGGAAAAGAUGAGAAUAAAUAUAGAAAAGAAUAA